CGCACGAUAUGGGCGAAUCAUGAAAACUUUUAAGCUUGUCCAACAUCAAAGGAAGGACAAUGCUGCUGACAUCCAGAUUAGCCUGAAGGAUUUCCCCAAUGUCCGUGCUGGAGAUGUGUUGGAGGUCUAUAACCCUGAGGUUGAAUUUAGUCGGUUGCUGGUGCAGAUCACCAAGCUGCCAGAGGAAGGGCUACAACAGUUGAAAGCGGAGACUGUGAGUAUAGAGACGACGAUAGCAACAGCCUUCCAGCUGAGAGCCUACCAGGAUGUGUACGUCAACAAGAUUGACCCCAAGCAUGUUGCCCUGGACCUGGUGGAGCUCCUGUACAAGGAGCAGUACUACAGCCGCAGCGACAUGUGGCGGAUGAGGAAGAGUCUGGUUGGGAAAUGUGUUUACCUCAACAAGAAAAUAGAAUAUGCAGAGAUGCGAGCCACUGUGAACGAGAUGUGGUCGAAGGGAGACAUGGUGGCUUGUGGCGUCAUCUCCGAGGACACCAGGAUUGUCUUCAGAUCAUCUACAGCCGUGGUACAGAUCUUCAUACAGAUGAGCACGGAGAUGUGGGACUUCGACAUCAAUGGUGAUCUGUACUUCGAGAAGGCGGUCAACGGCUUCCUCACUGAUCUCUUUGCUAAGUGGAAGGAUCAAAACUGUUGCCAUGAUGUUACUAUUGUACUCUUCUCAAGGACAUUCUAUGGAGCCCGGUCCCUUGAUGACUUCCCCACGGAGGUGCAAGAGUGUCUUCAGGUCGACUACCAAGGCCGGAUCUAUGAAGACUUCUACAGGGUUGUGAUCCAGAAUGAACGCUAUGAAGAGUGGACCAACACCCUGAAGCUGCUGCGCAAGUACUUCAACCGGUAUCAGAUGCGAGUGCUGCACUACCAUAAGCAGCGGGGUUUUCGGAUGCCGCCGGCCUGGAACUCGAAGGCAGCUCAGGGCAACUUCCUGGAAACUCUCAACAUGUCCCUGAACUUGUUUGAGAACUACUACCUUGACCGUAACUUUGACCGGACGGGGAAAGUGUCCGUGGUGAUCACGCCAGGGCCAGGGGUGUUUGAGGUGGACCGGGAGCUGACCAACAUCACCAAACAGAGGACUAUUGACUGUGGUGUGGGCAGUGACCUGGUCUGUAUGGGAGAACAACCACUGCAUGCUGCGCCACUCUUCAAGUUCCACAGCAAGAAUGCCAAGAACUGCCUGGAGGUGGGCGACGACUACAACAUCCCUCACUGGAUGAACCACAGUUUCUACACAUCCAAGAACCAAAUCCAGACUCAUUUCAACUCCUCGUUUGUGCCACGGAUCAAACCCCCUCCGGAAGUGCUUGAAUUCCUGGCCAAGGAACCAGAAAAUAAUGAAAUAGCACUGGUGAACACUUCCAAUGAUGCGGACGAUGACAAGUUCCCCUUUGUUGAUUAUGAUGAGUAUGAUGCUCAGGUGUUCAAACUUCCGUCCAGGACAGCACCCAGAGCCGUCUCUGGCCGCAGUUCGAGUUUCUACGGCACCCACGCCCGCAGACGUAACUGCAAGUCUACCACUGAUGCCGGCCAGGGCAUGCCGGGAUCCCGGAUCAGGCACAUCUCCGAUGACUUCAUGGAACACUGUGCAGACAAGGUGGUGAAGAAGUCGUCCUCCUCGGCCGUAGGGAUUCCAUCUAGGUCUCUCAUGGGAGAAGAUCUCUCGCAGUCAGCUGGAUGUUAUCCCAUCUUUGAAAAGACCCUGAGUCGCGAGUCUGUUAACUCCUCCGAGAGCGAGGAGUUCCUGUACACUCGUCCCGUGGUCGGCAGUGCGGGAUCCCCGGUCGGCUUCUCACAUCGGCUGCAGAACUUUCGACCCCAGAGGGCCCUCAUCAACCCCUUUGCACCAUCCAGGAUGCGCUUCAAGAUGACAUCAAACCGCAGACGCUGGGUCCAUGCUUUCCCUACAGACCCCCAGGGUGCAGCGGUGCAGACACAUCACUACCUAGGGUCGGGGCACUCGGACGACACAGAUGACCUCUCUGUGCAGCAGCCAACCCGAGAGGUUAUACAGGGUGCCCAGAUGGCGGUUGAGUCUCGCAAACGAAGAUCGGUGUCUCGACAGGAGAGUCUGGACGAUAUUGGGGAAGAUCACAGCCUGGACGGUCUAGCAGAGCUGAGCAACGUGUCUCCCAGUCACUCGACACUCACCAUGUCAACCCUCCAUCACGUCCUGUCCUCAGCCUCCGCAGAGUUUGGUCGUUGUGGGUCAAGAGGUCAGAUGACGUCACAAGAUGGCUUCUGGCUCUGGGGUCCAACAGGAGAGCAACCUUGGAGCCCAGACAUGACAACAGGGUGGGACUGGCGACCUUUGACACAGGUGGAGCGAGAGCGAGCUGACUCUCAGCUCAUCAAGCCCAUUCUAACCUCUGACCCCAGCAGUCAGACUUUCUGUGCAGGAAUAAGUGUUGACUGGAAGUCGCUAACAAUUCCAGCAUCACUGCCAACGACAACCGACUUCUUCCCCGACCAGCGUAGUCUGCAUUAUGACUAUGUGGUGUCGGACUAUAACCUGCUGCCUGAUGAUGUCAAUGCUGAAAUAGCCAGAGAAAGGAAUCCCCCAUCAGAGGACGAGGCGUUCUACCGCCGCAAGCCACUCAGUACUGUGCAUGUGUUCCGGGAGCUGGUGUACCAGCGACUGGCUCAGGGGUUCCAGUUGAUCAAGAUCUCGAGAUCUAGCUCUCCGAGGGAGAAUACGACACUUGGGUCAAGUCCGCAAUACCAUCAUGCAACAGUUCUAACUCGGGCCCGGCCUCGUGUGGAACAAUCGGAAGAGUAUUACCUCAGUAUUGGCCGCAUCUUCCACAAGUUGAACUUGACGGGCCCGACCAUCACUGUGACCAGAUACAGACCCAGACACAACCAGCCCCAGCUGCACUUCAAGUACCAGUACCGGUUCCAGGCGCCAGACUCCUACUGCUACGACGUGUCGUGGACGGAGUUCAGCAACGAGAAGCUAGAGAACUAUGUGUGGAAUCACCUGGACCACUACAUCUGUACCCGCGGGGAGGGCGACUUCGGACUCGUGGAGUCACUCAAGUACUGGCGAAGUCGCUUUUUCCUGUUGCCCAGCAACAACUCUGCAACCAAGAAAAUCAUAGAGGGACAUCAUAGAUGCGACAUCUAUGAGAAGAGGUCCGGACAGGAGGUAAAGACACUCAUCUCAGGCUUCGUCCGCUACCUGGAGACUAUCAACAAGCUCAAGCGCACCCACCAAGCUCGCAGGUCAAAGCUCCAGCCGGACGGGUCAGCCAGCAGUGGAGAGACCAGCCCCGGCAAGCAGGAGGCAGACAGUCAGAAGGGCAGCACCAAGGAAGACGGUCUGUCUCGAGCCACCUCCGCAGCCAAGUUGAUAGAGGCCUUCACAGAUGCACAAACUGGUUUGGCCUUCCUGCCCAAGCAGCCCGGUCUGGCCAUCAACACCUUCAUCUCGGCGGAGGCAGUGUUGUGGUGCCAGAUGAAUGUGGCUGGCAUUGAGACCACUAAGGAUGCUGUGGACAAACUGCAGGAACUGGUGGAUGAUAAAUUGAUCCUCCAUGCAUCCGGUAACCCCAAACACAAGUUCAUCUUCGGAUUCUAUCUGUACUUCAUCCCGCCUGCUAAAGGGAAGCCUGACAUUCUGAACCUGCCCAACACAUCGUGCCCCUACAACAUGUGCUUCCAGAACGAGUUCUGUGAGGUGACCGUGCUCCAUGUUGAUCAAGAAGCCCCGAAACGGGACACGUUCUACCUCCCGAGUGGCAACAGCCCGGAGCGAGAGUUCCAAGCCCACGUUGACUGGCGGGUCGAGUCUGACCUGAACAAGCAGGGCUGGGGACAACAGCUAGGCAAGUUGAACAUUUGUGCUCAGAAAGCAACACGCAAUCACAAGUACGUCAAUGUGGACGUAGACACCAGCAGUCGGAGCGAGCGGACAGAGUGGGCAACGGCAAGGUACCAUGCCUACUACAGUCCCCACUGUGCCUUCGAACUACAGAUACAGUGGAUGGUGGCGACAGGCGGGCUUCUUGGUGACCUGGUGUACAGCUGGGCUCGUAAGGCGACAUCGUGCGGCUUCCACCUUCUGCCUGUUCCGGUUGAUCCCUUCGCUCUGCCCUACACACAGAACUCUGACCCACUACGAGGACCUAUCUUUGUACCACUCAAUGUCAACAGUCUUCAGGAGAACGGUUUAUUCUCAGAGCAUGAUGAGCAGACUCAGCAGACAAAAACCAUCCAGUUUCAACUGGCCAUCAUUCAGAGGUUCGGAUUUCUUCGAGCUGUCGUUGAGAUGCCCGAGUCAAAAACAGAUCUACACCGAGUUCGAACCCCGGAUGAAUACCGCUAUCAGUUUGUCCACUGCACUGGCGGCAUGUUUAUCCUGGUUCCUGACAUCAAGACAUCCUCUCCCAUAACUAUCGAGGCUCCUUAUUCCUCCAGUUUUGGCAAGACAUCCUCCUCUGACCUCCAUAAGGACUACAUCGCUCGGCAGACAAGCAGUACACUCACCGAUGAGCCUCAGUCUGAGAUUGGCUUUCUGUGGUCAUGGAACUUCAUGUUGUCCAAGAGAUGGCGCUCUGGCAACACGGGAGAUGAACACUUUCAGGACAAGAUGCUUGCAGACUUCCGGGUGUUCUGCUCUAACGCGGACAACAGGUUGACACAAUUCUGGACUAAUUAUGUGGAGGAGUGAAUCUUGACAACAGGUUGACAAUUUCUGGACUGAUUUUUGAGAAGAAAAUGUUGACAAGUUGACAGUUUCUGGACUGAUUAGGAGAGAAUGUUGACAGUUUCUGGUCUGAUUAUCGAGGAGAGAAUGUUGACAAUUUAAGGACUGAUUGUGGAGAAGAGAAUGUUAACAGGUUGACAGUUUCUGGACUGAUUGUGGAGGAGAGAGUGUUGACAAUUUAAGGACUGAUUGUGGAGGUGAGAAUGUUGAGUUAACUAUUUCUGGACUGAUUGUGGAGGUGAGAAUGUUGACAAUUUAAGGACUGAUUGUGGAGGUGAGAAUGUUGAGUUAACUAUUUCUGGACUGAUUGUGGAGGUGAGAAUGUUAAGUUAACUAUUUCUGGACUGAUUGUGGAGGAGAGAAUGUUGACAGGUUGACAAUUUCUGGACUGAUUGUGUGGAGAGGUUCAGGGCUCUUAAUCGGGCAGAUUCUUAAAGCUCUUUAUAUUGUAUUUUUGACAUUGUGGUGACUCCAUGUCACAGAUGUCCCCCUAGCACCUUGUGCUUGUCAUAGCAUACAAUUAGUUAAAGAGGUCAUUGGUUGUGACAGUGUGUGACCUGUUUCACCGUGCCCAGCACGGAUGGACUGUAGACCACACUACUGACCACUGUUUGUUUGGAUUUAAUUGUGAUACAGCUGUAAUAUUGCUGACUGUGGCAUUCACUCCAUGUGUUAUUGUUCAAUGAGGCCUUAUAGUUGAUUUUAGUUGGUUUACAAGACUGAUCACCCGAUGAAAAAAAAUUGAAAUUGGAAAGAAAGAAAAAUUACUUUUGGCCAACUGUUUUACAAUUAGGUGAAAUGGAAAAAACUUUGAUGUUAUCAUCGAUGUUCGUGACAAAUACAUACCAAAAAAAUUAUAAUGUAAAAACACAAGCUUCAUUUUGUAAAAAAACCCAAAACACUUGUUUUGUUUUUUUCAUUUCCCAUUAGUAGCAGUACCAAUCUGGAUGUUGAAAUAAAAUUGUUAUAUUUUAUUUUUGACCAUCUGCAUUGAAUUUUGUAAACAAGCUAAUAUAAGGCCUAAGAUUGGUGUUAACUUAUGUCCACAUGGAUGUAAUAAUUAGCAUGCUUAGUUCAACUUGACAGGGGCACGGGUGGCCCAGUCGUCUAAGGUGCCACGAUUCGCUGUGCAGAGUUGCGUCCCUUGGGCACGCCAGAAACCUAUGAUGGUGGGUUUGAAUCCCGGUUCACCCCGAUUAUGUUUCUAGGUUUGUCAGCACCAUACCUGUGCUCGUGGGUUUCACCGAAGUGGUAAACGUCUGAGACCUGCAUCACUUCAGGCUUUCCUCAAACAUUAAGCUGACACGCCGUGAUAUAACUGGAAUACUGUAAGCGGCGUAAAACUCACUCAAUUGUCCAACUUGACAUAAGAACACCCAAGAGGGAACAAACUUCCGUCAAUGGCAUUACAAAUCCUAUGCAGGGAUGUGGAUUAUCCAAAAUAUCAAAAUUGUGAACUCGUCCCAGGACAAUUAAACUGUAAAAAUUCACUUAUGCAAAGAUGUCUACUUGACCCAAAAUAGUGUUUUUAUCACGAAAUCAGUAUGUUACUACUGACGACUUUUGUUUGGACACUGAUCUGCCAUAACUUCUUACAACAUGUUGCUCAGCUGACAACUUUGCACUCCGAUCAACCAACUUGG